CUGAUUUUUGUAUUUGAUUUUUAUGUACAUUUACAUAAAAUUGAAAUCAAUCAGACCUAAUCAAAUAUUUUUAUAUAAUUUGUACACACCGCUUUACUAGUUAUUAGACACUUACAAGUAUGUACAAGGCUAAUGCUACAAAUCUUAACGCGCGUUAACACUAAAACCAGUUGAAGGCGUGUCUGUCAGGAAUGCUAGAGAUUUGAGUUUUUGUGUGUGUUGAAUGUUUGAGCAGCUACUCGCAGAGGUGAAAUUGAACGAGGAACGAACAUUCAUCUUUCUCUUUCGUUAGUUUUCCUUCUUUCCUCUUGUGCGACGAGAACAUGAAGAAACGCUUGAGUUGGCACGGAAAAGACAGCAAAAAGGAUUCUGUGCGUAAGAAACUUUUGGAGCCAAGUAAGACAAAACAUCUGGAUGACGUGGACGUGAGUUGGAUUGAGAGAAUGGAAGAGAGACGCGGUAGAGCGCGCUCGUUUGGUGCUAGUGACAGACCAAAUGCUCACACGUCACAUUCUCCACCCAGUCAUACACGAACGAGAUCCCUCUCUCAACCAGAAUCUCGUCGUUCUCAGUUUUCUGGUAGUCCUAGUCCUCCGUUUAGAAGACGGGAUGACCCUGCGGGAAGGGAAGGCCGGCACGCCUUCAGGUCACCUUCGGGAAGCUCAACAGAACAAGCAGGAAGUUGUGAAGAUCACGAUGAUGACGUAGCUUUAGAGUCAAUGGACGAUUUGUGGCCAAGUGAUGAGACUGAAGUGCAUCCGACUCUCUUCCGUGAUUUCAUGAAGGCGCAUGCUUGCUAUACUCUACUGCCAACGAGUUCAAAGUUGGUCGUGUUUGAUACAAAGCUGCACGUCAAGAAGGCCUUCUUGGCACUUGUACACAACAGCAUGAGAGCUGCACCUGUCUGGGACAGCGAAUCUCAGCAGUUUGUAGGCAUGCUCACCGUCACCGAUUUCAUUAAUAUUCUACGUUUCUAUUACAAGUCACCGCUUGUUCACAUGUAUCAAGUCGAGGAGCAUCGAAUUCAGACGUGGAGGGAGCUACAAGUGGCAGAGCCUCGGCCGUAUCUCAUUUCUAUUGAUCCAAUGCAGAGUCUCUAUCAAGCAGUCAAGCAUCUUAUUGAACACAAAAUUCAUCGAUUAGCUGUCAUGGAUAACGAGACCGGAAAUGCUAUCUACAUUGUCACUCACAAACGCUUGCUCCAUUUCUUGCAUGAAAACUUUCGCGAAAAGACGUUACCUCCAUUCAUGAUGAAGACAAUUGGAGAACUAUUGAUCGGAACGUUCCAAAACAUCGCAAUGAUACAAGAAGAUACGCCCAUUAUUGUGGCUCUUAACGUCUUCACUGAACGUCGUGUAUCUGCGCUACCGAUUAUCGAUGAACAAGGGAGGGUGGUAGAUAUUUAUGCCAAGUUUGAUGUGAUGAACUUGGCUGCAGAACGCACCUACAAUAAUUUAGAUAUUCCAGUGAAAGAGGCUCUGCGGCAUCGGACAUGGUUUGAAGGUGUUCACACGUGUACUUCAAUGGACACGCUGCAGACGGUUAUCGAUCGAAUAAUUGAGAAGCAGGUGCAUCGCCUUGUAAUUGUUGACAUGGAGAAACAUUUAGUAGGUAUUAUUUCACUCUCUGAUAUUUUGAAGUUUUUAGUACUUAGUCCUUAGUGAGUUUAGUACUUAAUAGGAGAGAGAGAGAGUACUUUGUCUGUGUUUGAGUAGAGCUGUCCUGCAAAAUGUCAAUAAAUAGUACAUUGGUUAUUGGGA